AACUAUUUCUUGUAUCAAUCGGCAGGGUGUGCAGCUGCCGCCGCCGGAAUAGCGCGAGGAACGGCGCGACGACACCGAAGGAGAGAUCCCUGACGUCGUGGCGUGGCCAGAGGGACCCUCGCACAUUGUAUGCAUCUGGCUAAGGAACCUGCGGACGACCAAGCUGUGAGUGAGCCGUGAGUAAUAAAGGCAGCAAGUACAGGGAAGGCGACAGAAGUUUUGCGGCCGACGAGGAGUGGAGGGGGGGCGGGCAUGGGGUGGAGCUCCUGCGGCACCCAACGGAGGGCGCGGUACCGUCGCCGCUGGCUGCUCUCGUGCCUGGCGCUGUUAGUCCCGGCGGUGGUGCCACCGGCGUGCGCCCAGGUAGCGACGACAACAUGCGGCAGCACCUCGCCGCUCCGAGUAGAAACCGUAGCCGAAGCCGAAGCACUCGGCGCCGCCGUUGACUGCGCGAACGGCGGGACGGUGGAGGCCAUUUGGGCGGGGACGGUUACUCUUACCGCUCCCAUUUCCGUCGGGACGGGGACGUUUCUGUCCAUCACCGGAGAAGGCGACUCGGCGGAGGUGCUGGGCGGCGGUCAGACCCAGAUGUUCUACAUUUCCUCGUCGGGAGGCCUGACGCUGACCGACCUCAAGCUCUCGGGAGGAAGCGCUGCAAGCGGCGGCGCCGUCUACGCCAGCGCGGCAUCGGUCGCCCUCAACAGUUGUGUCUUCGACGGCAACUUCGCAACCGCCGGGGACGGCGGGGCCGUGGCGUUGGAGGGCGGGGACCUGACGAUAGUCGGGGGGGAGUUCUCCGGGAACAGCGCCAGCGGGAACGGUGGUGCCGUUCUUGCCACUGACGCUACGGUGGUCAUCCAGGACGGCACCCGGUUCGAGGGCAACAAGGCGGUGGAGGGUGGAGGGCUGUACUGCGGAGGGGCGGAGAACUCGACGACGAUGACAACAGUCCCGUCAUCAUCGUCCGCCGCCGCCGCCACCUGCUCCCUAAGCGGAGCGGUCUUCGGGGCCAAUAACGCCUCCAGCGAGACCAUCGUCGACUACGACCUGAUCGAGUCGCCGUGGGUCACCCUCUACGGCGGUGGGGCGGCCGCCUUCUACCGGGGGGUGGUUGACAUCACGGGGUCGGAAUUCCUGGGGAACUACGCGCAGGUCUCUGGCGGGGCCGUGUACGGCGGCAGCGAUUCCGUCCUGACCAUCGACGGCUCCAGCUUCGAGGAGAACACCACGCCGGGCUACGGGGGGGGGCUAGCUGCGUCGUCAGCUGUCCUCGGGGGAGACACGCUGCUGAGGAACAACUCGGCCACGUCGAACGGCGCCGGGGUGAGUUUCGUUAUCUAG